CCGCGGCGCCGCCGCCAGCGAGGGCCGGGAGGAGCUCGAUUCUCCUGCUGCCCUCCCCCCGUGCACACGCACGUCGCACGUUCCGCGAACGCCCCCGUUCUCGUCGAAAGCUGUUCCAUCUUCCCCCUUCCCUCCCCGCCCCUUUCUUAUCCUCUGCCCCCCGAGAAGAAAACUUGAUUGGAUUUAAUGUAUUUCUUUGGGGUCGGAAGGAACUCCUGCCUGCUGGAUCUGGUUUAGACGCCCGCCAGACAAGGAUGUUGGCUUUGAAAGCUCAGGGAAGAAGCAGCAGGGAGGAAAAAGUAACACAGUGUGCCUGAAGAUGACAACGAAGCGGAAUUUGUUCGUGCGGCUGGUGCCAUGCCGCUGUCUGCGUGGAGAGGAGGAAACAGUCACUACCCUUGAUUAUUCCCACUGCAGCUUGGAACAGGUGCCUAAGGAGAUUUUUACUUUUGAAAAGACAUUGGAAGAACUCUAUUUAGAUGCUAAUCAGAUUGAAGAGCUUCCAAAGCAACUUUUUAACUGUCAGUCUCUGCACAAGCUGAGUUUGCCAGACAAUGAUCUAACCACAUUGCCAGCAUCCAUUGCAAAUCUCAUUAAUCUCAGGGAACUGGAUGUCAGCAAGAAUGGCAUACAGGAGUUUCCAGAAAAUAUAAAAAACUGUAAAGUCUUGACAGUUGUUGAGGCCAGCGUAAAUCCAAUUUCAAAGCUUCCAGAUGGAUUUUCCCAACUGUUAAACCUAACGCAGCUGUACCUAAAUGAUGCUUUUCUUGAGUUUUUGCCAGCGAAUUUUGGCAGGUUGACAAAACUCCAGAUAUUGGAACUUAGAGAAAACCAAUUAAAAAUAUUGCCAAAAACCAUGUCCAGACUGACUCAGCUGGAGAGACUGGACUUAGGAAGUAAUGAAUUCACAGAAGUGCCUGAAGUACUUGAACAACUGAGUGGGUUAAAGGAAUUUUGGAUGGAUGGUAAUAGACUUACGCUUAUUCCAGGGUUUAUAGGCACUUUGAAGCAACUGGCCUACUUGGAUGUUUCUAAAAACAACAUCGAAGUAGUUGAAGAAGGUAUUUCAGGUUGUGAAAGCCUGCAAGAUCUACUGCUAUCCAGUAAUUCACUUCAGCAACUGCCAGAGUCUAUUGGUUCCCUGAAGAAGGUAACAACCCUUAAAAUCGAUGAAAACCAGUUGAUGUAUUUGCCUGACUCUAUAGGAGGGUUAAUAUCACUAGAGGAACUGGACUGUAGUUUCAAUGAGAUUGAAACGCUGCCUUCGUCUGUUGGGCAACUCUCUAAUAUAAGGACAUUUGCUGCAGAUCAUAAUUUUUUAACACAGCUGCCAUCAGAGAUUGGAAACUGGAAGCAUGUAACAGUGUUGUUUCUGCAUUCUAACAAGCUUGAAUUUCUCCCUGAAGAAAUGGGUGAUAUGCAAAAAUUGAAAGUCAUCAAUCUGAGUGACAAUAGACUGAAGAAUUUGCCAUUUACAUUUACAAAACUGCAACAGCUGACUGCUAUGUGGCUAUCAGACAAUCAGUCUAAACCACUUAUUCCUCUUCAAAAAGAAGCUGACCUCGACACACAGAAAACAGUGCUUACUAAUUACAUGUUUCCCCAGCAACCAAGGACCGAGGAUGUUAUGUUCAUAUCUGAUAAUGAAAGUUUCAAUCCAUCUUUGUGGGAGGAACAGCGUAAACAGCGUGCUCAGGUGGCAUUUGAGUGUGAUGAAGACAAAGAUGAGAGAGAGGCACCGCCUCGGGAAGGCAACCUGAAGAGAUACCCAACUCCAUAUCCUGAUGAACUGAAGAAUAUGGUUAAAACAGUCCAGACAAUUGUACACAGGCUAAAGGAUGAAGAGUCUACUGAAGAUGCCAACAAGGAGGCAAAACGAGAAGGCCAGACAGUUUCUGUAAAAGAUGUGGGGGUGAAGACUUUGGAAGCUGCUACAAUAAAAAACAAAGCAGACGAGAGAAAGCAAUAUUCAGCAGGAAGCUCUCUGCAGAAGUCUACUGAACCAGAAGCUGAGCACAGCACCACAAAUUCAGAGAUGACCACAGUUGUUAAAACCUUGCAAAAUGCAAAAACAAUUGUCAACCAUGAAGACAUGCUCGAGGAGUCAGAAGAACUCUCCUCUGAUGAAGAGAUGAAAAUGGCUGAAAUGCGACCACCGCUGAUAGAAACCUCCAUAAACCAACCAAAAGUGGUGGCUCUUAGCAAUAACAAGAAAGAUAAUUCAAAAGAUGCUGAUUCCUUAUCAGAUGAAGCUACCCACAAUAGCAAUCAAAAUAACAGCAAUUGUUCCUCUCCUUCUCGGAUGUCAGAUUCUGUUUCCUUAAAUACUGAGAGUAGCCAAGAUAUUUCUCUCUGUUCUCCAGACAAGGAAACACAUGCUGCUGUUCUAGCCAAGAUCAGGCGAGAAGAUGAAAACUUGAAUAAUCUUUUGCAAAAUGGAAGUGAAUCAAAUGCUACAAUGGAAGAAAAUGUGCAAGAGAAGGUUACUAAUUUGCCUGCAUAUGAACUGACCAUUGAAGAAAGAUUUGGCCUGAUGGGAAAAGGCGUUGAUCUGAGCACUCCUGCAGAGGAGUCACACAAAUUAGACCAAAUAAACAUGAAUAUUAAUGAACUAGUUAGUGAAGAAGCAGUGCCAGUCCCCGUAGAAAGAUUACAAACACAGGAAAUAGUUUCAGCAAAGGGCUUGUUGAAUAACAAUACAAAAGAAAAAAGUGAGCACUUGGAAAAUGGAAAUAAAUAUCCAAUAAAUAAAGUAAACGGACAUCCUGAGGAAACAGUACAGUCGUCUAGUAAAGACAAACUGAUGAGAAGCACUACAGUUGAUAGUGAUUCUGCUGAGCUGUCUGCUUCUAGGAGCACUGAAGAUUUGUCCCCACAGAGAAGCGGUCCUGUGAUGAAAUCUCACAGCAUCACCAGUGUGGACACUGGUGGUCUGAAAAUCUAUGAUAUCAUCAAUGAGAAUAGAUCUCAACAGCCAAACUCGGUAGUAAAAUCAGCACCUGAUAGUGCGGAUGGAAAAAACAUAGUCCGGAGUAAAUCUGCUACCCUUCUAUAUGACCAGCCUUUGCAAGUUUUCCCUGAGUCAUCAUCAUCAUCAUCUGAUUUAGGGUCUUCUGUGAAAACUGUAAUGAAGUUUGACUCAAACCACAACCCUGAAGGUGUUAACGUAGUGAGAGGAUCAGUGAUGAGUGGUGCGCAGAUGUUUUGCACUCCGCAGUACAAUAUUCAGUAUAGCAGCAGUGCAACAGCAAAAGACACCUUAUGGCCCCAGAAACAAAACACCCAAGCAGAACAAGGAAGUUUACCUCCCUCAUGUCUGUUUAGGUCUGACAGUACAGAAGCUCCCAGCUAUGUAAAGCAUUCUGCCAAUAUGAAUUUCUCCAAUCAUAACAAUGUCCGAGCCAGUGCUGUGUAUAACACUCACCAGCGGAUGGCUGGGAGACAUGCAGAUAUGUGGGCUGUUCCACCAAAUGAUAGACUGCUCCCAGGAGCAAGCAGGCACACACUUCAAAGGCAGAGUAGUGUGUCUUCUGCAGCCUCUGUAAAUGUUGGGGAUACUGGACCUUCGAGACGAACCCAGGUUCCUGAAGGGGAUUAUUUAACAUACAGAGAUCUGCAUUCAAUGGGAAGAGCUCCACCAGUAAUGUCUGGGCAGCAGAGACCUCUUUCUGCUAGGACAUACAGCAUGGAUGGUCCAAAUGUGCCCCGACCACAGAGUGCUCGGCCGUCAGUGAAUGAAAUACCAGAAAGAACUAUGUCAGUCAGUGACUUCAAUUACUCGCGGACUAGCCCUUCAAAGAGAUCAAACCCAAGAGUUAACUCUGAACACUCCUUAUUAGACCCUCCAGGAAAAAGUAAAGUCCCUCAUGACUGGAGGGAACAGGUGCUGCGACAUAUUGAGGCAAAAAAACUAGAAAAGAGCAUGCUGUCUAGGUCCUUUAAUUCCAAUUAUGCUGCAGUUAGCAGCUUUCACUAUGGCAGCUCUAGGGAUCUGCAUGGCAGCCAGGGUAGUGUUGCCUUGAGUGUUGCAGACGGAAGAGGUUCUGGUGUGCACGUUGUUCGACAUCCCCAGGCUUCUACUCCAGGAGAUCAAUGCCAGGAUGAAGUCUUCAUUUCAGGACAACAGAAUUACUCAUCUGCAACACUUAGUCUCAAAGAUGUUCCUCCAGACAGCAUGAAGAAAGUAGCUGUGCAGAUACCUUUGACAAAUGGACAAAUGUGCCAGCCUCAGAGACCUCAGGCAAACUACAGCCAAGUCCAUCAUCUCCCUCCUCAGUCGUCAGUAGCAAGACAUCCAUCUAGAGAGCAACUAAUUGAUUAUCUGAUGUUGAAAGUUGCGCACCAGCCUCCUUAUACCCAGUCCCAGUGUUCUCCCAGACAAAGCCAUGAGCUGGCAAAGCAAGAGAUUCGAGUGAGAAUUGACAAGGAUCCAGAACUUGGAUUUAGCAUCUCAGGAGGAGUUGGUGGUAGAGGGAAUCCAUUCAAACCUGAAGAUGAUGGUAUUUUUGUAACCAGAGUGCAACCAGAUGGACCAGCAUCAAAGCUGUUGCAGCCCGGGGAUAAAAUAAUUCAGGCUAAUGGCUACAGCUUCAUCAAUAUUGAUCAUGGACAAGCAGUGUCUUUGCUAAAGACUUUUCAGAAUGCAGUGGAACUCAUCAUUGUAAGAGAAGUUUCUUCAUAAAUACUGUGUAUUAGGGGAAAAAGCCAGCAGGAUUUGUUGAAGGACUUCUGGGAAAUGGAAUAUUUUGCUAUUUUUAUAUGUGAAAGGAACUUGAAAAGAAUUAUGAUCAAAAUUUGUACAGGAAAUACUGAACUUGUGGUUAAAGGGGAAAAAAAAAACAACACUGUAUAGAACAUACAGGAAAUCACUUCAGAAAUGCAUAUGGUGAAUAAACUUGUUUUUAAGCAUUAUAGCAAUUUAAGGAUCACUCCUCCAAGAACAAACCUGUGUUGGUUUUUUGUACAGAUGGUAGGUUUAUUUUUGGAUAAUUCAUACACAUUACUAAACUCUGUGCAAGGCUUCAUGAAGCCUCGGUUGUAGCGAAUGGACAGAUGGCAGGGCUGUCUGUCCUGUAGCUGUUUAUUGCCUUUAUUUUUAUUCACCAGAUAUUAAUGUGUUAUGCUGAAACCACUUCUGUAGAUAGGGACGGGAAAUACGAAAUGUUGGCUCUGCUAUGUGCACAUUGUAUAGGUGAAUGGGUAGAUGGAAGGUGGUGCUGGCUGGACAGAAUAAAGGUUAGGUGAAACAACUAUCUGGAGUUGGGAAAGAAGAAAAAGCGUUUAGUUUUGCAGCGUACGUCUACCAAUAGAAAAUGCAAUAAAAGCUUACAGUGUUUUUUAGGAAGACUAUAACUACAAACGUGUAACAUUCUACAGGAUUUAUUCUUAAUGGAGUCACUGAAUACUCAUUUGCCACAUGUGAUUCAUGUUAAGUUGGGUUUUCUUGAGUACUUAAUCUUUUUUUUCAACUGUACUGUGGAAACGUGCCCAGAGCUUUUUCUCUGCUGUGGAAAUCCCCAGUUUUGUGCUAAUGGUGAUGCUUUUAAUUUUUAUAAAAUCUACUCCGUUUUAACCUUACAGAUUUUAGAAAUGAAACUGAAAUGGCCAGUUUUUAAAGGUUGUUACCUGUACUAUCUAUUUAAACACACACACAAAGUAAAUGAUACAGGAAGAGUUACGAAAGACAUCUCGGUUUUGUUGUGUGUUUGGCCUUCACUUUGCCUUGUCAAUCAAAGGAAACCAUACGCAUGGAGCUAGGUAACCAAAGCAAGUUUGUAAAACUUCUAACGGUGGUGGAGAAUUGCUGUGGUGAGGUGAAAAAGCAGAGGGAGGGUGUACUUACAACCCACCAGUUCUUAAUUAUGUUUCUUAAAGGGCUGUUCCUACAGGUAACAUUAAAUGUGAACUAGACACUUCAGAGUCAUUAAAGGGUUUCUAACUAUAUUAAUGUGAUAAUGAUUUACCACAGGCUGCCUUUGUUCCUUUCUACUGUGUAAAAUAUUCAAUUCUGCUCCUAUUAAUUUUGUUUACCAGAAACAUUAACAUUAUUCUUCUCUUUCUUCUUUGUAAUUGAACAGAGACUGCAUAAUCUGCAGUGAUAAUUAAUACACGGUUGUUAUGGACCAGGGUAAAGUGCCAUAGAAGACCAAUAACUGUUUUUAAUUAGGGCUAAGGAUUAGCCUGUCAUUGGAGCAAUAUUCAGCUAUCGUCGUUCAUUUUUAAUUACAUAAAAGUUGGUAGUUUGAGACAGGUAUAAGUUGUUUUGUUUUAUUUUAACCCAUGUGUACAAGAGUAAAUGCUUUUAAUAAAGCUAGUGACAACAUCAUCCUCCUUCAGUUUUGGUCCAGUGAGCUGGAAGAGAGAGGAAUUACACAAUGCUAGUGGUAAUAAACAGGCAGUACUUCCUAAAUAAGUGAACUUCAGUACUAUUGCACUUCUUUCAAAGAGGAUAUCUAUUGCUUAUUGUACUGUGUAUACUUCUAAUAAUUUUAAUGGAAACCCUUUAACAACUCUUUAUAUAUUUUAAUUUUUUUUAGUUGAUUUUCAGUGAUAUUUACAUAGAAAAUUAUUUUUUGUUUUGAUAUAUUAGCAGAAAUAUGGUGUAUUUUGAUAAAUUUCACUUACUUCCUGUGUGCUGUUAAUCUUCCAAGAAAAGAAUGAGAAACAUAGCUAUAUAAUGGCAGGCUUCAGCAUUCCCCUUCUAAGAUGUGUUUUGCUUUAGUUUAGUUUCCUUUUCUUUUUAUCAACUGAAAAUGCAAAAUAUUUGCAUCAUAUGUUCGUUACUGUUGAUCAUGUUAUUUUUACCACACAUUGCCUUUUAAAGGGAAUGCGUUACAGACAAGCCCUAAAUUACCUUGGUCUUCUACGUAACCUCUAUCUCUGAGAAGGGAAAAACUCCCCACAAGCAGAACUGAUUCUUUACUGAUCUCGGACUGACUUUGUAUGCAUUUUGCAGUACAUUUAAAUAUAUCCUCGAGGAAUUACUGUAUUAUAUUUUGCUUUAAUGGUAAGAGAUGUUUUUAAUGUUGUCGUGUCACUUAAUUUUCAGAUUUAUGUUUCACAGGAAAAUGCUACCAAAAAACUGUUUGGCUGUGGUAGAACUACAGAAGUGGAGGUUUGUAGCAAAAAGUUUAGUAUUUCUUGUGGAAAUAGUUGGCCAAAGCUUGUCUUCAGUAACGUAGCAAAUUAACUAUCUAAUAAAAUGUGUUAUGCUAAUUUUACUCAGUAAAUGUUGGAGUUUCAAGGGGAUCAAAAUGUGUUUAUUCCUUCAGUAUCUGUGUAAAGGUAAACACAUGGCAAACUACAUGAUUUUGUAGCAAGUGGAAGACAUUAUGUCAGAGGAGAGAUAAUACUGGCACUUUUCAUUUUGAAUGCAUCUUAAACUACGUGUUGAAUAAAACAAAAUUCAGCAGCAGCCUAUGUUAGUCAUCAUGGCAGUAGUUGAUGCUGUUAAUUCUGUUUUUAAUAGUUCAUUAAAGAAUCAGUUCACCUGAUGUAAUGAAAAGAUGAAGUCUCCCACGUAUUUAUUAUGUAAAUAUUUUUUAGUUUCUUUCGGGACUGGAGUUAAAAAAGUGUAUAUACUUGAAGACAUUCUAUGAACACAAAGAUAGCAAUAAGCAACACACAGAAUCAAACCUUUACAAUUUUGUUUAGAAAUAAUCCCUUGUGAACAGCUACAAAAUGUUUUUAUUGAUCAGCAUUUAUUCAACAUUCCAAAUUUUUGUAUAUAAUUAGACUGUUUCUGAGGUAACACACGGAGAAUAGAUAAUAAACUAAUGCUCUUUAAA